CUCGGGCGGGCGCGGGAGGGCGAGGGGGGUCUCCCCGCGAGGUCCGAGAAAAGGGAAGGGGAGCCGGGAGCCUCUCCCGCUCGGCCUCCUGGAACUGCCCGCGCUCCGGGAGCGGCGCCCCCGCCUCUGCCAGAAACUGGCCUUCUUAGAAGGGAGGGGGAAAGUGUGAAUGAGAAGUUGGGGGCGGAGCGCGCGCGGGGGAGGGGCCGCUGCCAGGAACGCGCCGCCGGGGCUGGCGCCUAGCCCGCCGGCCGCCCCGGCUGCCUCGCGUUGCGCUUUGUCUCUGCGCGCGUCUCUGCGGGUCUCUGGCCCUGCUCGCGGCCCGCCCUCGGUCGCCCGCGGCCCCUCCCUCCCAUCCGCGCACAGCCUUUCAUUGCUGCGAGUAGUGACUAAACAUUACAAGAAGGCCGGCCGCGCAGUUCCAGGAAUCGGGGGGCGGGGCGCCGCGGCCGCGUAUAUACCCGCGAGCGCGGCCUCAGCGCCGGCUCCGACUCGGACUCCCCGCGCCGCCGUCGCCGCCGCCGCCGCCGCCGCGACUCCGGCCCCGCACGCCGCCCGGCCGGCCCAGCUCCCGCCGCGAUCCCUCGCCUCGCCCCCGCCCGGCCAGCCCGGGGGCGCGCAGGGGGCAGGGCGGGCGUCCCGGCGAAGCCCGAGGGACGCGCGCGCGAGGCCCCUUUGUGGACUUCACGACCGCCAACAUCUGGGCGCAGCGCGGGCCACCGCUGGCCACCGCACCGCCGCCGCGCCUUGGGGACCGUAGGAGGGGCAGCCCCAAGGCCAGAGACUUCGGUUUGGGACCAGCCCCCCGGGAUGCGGUAGCGGCCGCUGUGCGGAGGCCGCCGAGCAGCUGCAGCCGCCGCCGCCGCGCAGAUCCACGCUGGCUCCGUGCGCCAUGGUCACCCACAGCAAGUUUCCCGCCGCCGGGAUGAGCCGCCCCCUGGACACCAGCCUGCGCCUCAAGACCUUCAGCUCCAAGAGCGAGUACCAGCUGGUGGUGAACGCAGUGCGCAAGCUGCAGGAGAGCGGCUUCUACUGGAGCGCCGUGACGGGCGGCGAGGCGAACCUGCUGCUCAGCGCCGAGCCCGCCGGCACCUUCCUCAUACGCGACAGCUCGGAUCAGCGCCACUUCUUCACGCUCAGCGUCAAGACGCAGUCGGGGACCAAAAACCUGCGCAUCCAGUGCGAGGGGGGCAGCUUCUCGCUGCAGAGCGAUCCUAGGAGCACGCAGCCAGUGCCCCGCUUCGACUGCGUGCUCAAGCUGGUGCAUCACUACAUGCCGCCCUCCGGCGCCCCCUCCUUCUCCUCGCCCCCAGCUGAACCCUCCUCCUCGCCCCCAACUGAACCCUCCUCCUCCUCGCCUUCCUCCAAGGUGCCCGAGCAGCCGUCCACCCAGCCGCUCCCGGGGAGCCCCCCCAGGAGAGCCUAUUACAUCUACUCGGGGGGCGAGAAGAUCCCUCUGGUGCUGAGCCGGCCCCUCUCCUCCAACGUGGCCACUCUGCAACAUCUCUGUCGCAAGACCGUUAACGGCCACCUGGACUCCUAUGAGAAAGUCACCCAGCUGCCUGGGCCCAUUCGGGAGUUCCUGGACCAGUACGAUGCCCCCCUUUAGAGAGCAAAGGGCAGGGGUAGGGGGCUAGGGGCCCGGGUCCCCUCUCCUCCAUGGCACAUGGCAUAAGCACAAGAAUCCAGCCGUGAGAGUCCUGCAGCUCUGGGUGAGCUAGGGGGCGGACAGGCCCCUCCCUCCGGUCCUCCCCCCGCAGAACUGGGCGGGUGGUACCUGGAAUGUGUUUGAGGGGAGGGGGAGAGCCACCUGAGCGCCCCUCCCCCACGCCAGCUUCUCCGGAGGAGCCGGCUGGCCCAGGGGGACCACAGCAACGACCUCAGUGGAUUCUCUCUCCUCUCCCGCUUUCUCCACCCGCCUGCGCUUCCAAACAGGGGACCCUGCGGGCGUGUUGAACUGGUGAGAACUGCCGGGGAAUCUUCGAACUUUCCAACGGAACUUGUUUGCUCUUUGAUUUGGUUUAAAACAGAGCUUUAAACCUGAGCAGGUCGCAGGCCUGGAAAAGGGUGGACGAGAGAGAGGGCGCCUCAGGGGCCCAGGGCUACCGGCUGGCCAAGGAAAUGGUCACCCCCAUCGCCCAGCCCAGGUGAGGAGGGUGGCUGCCUGCUCCACCUCUGGCACUGGGGAGAAGGGCAAGGGGUGACCUGAAGGGGACCUUUCCGCUCCCCCUCUUCCUCCCCCUUCGGACAGCCCACCAGAAACACAGGUCCUACAGUCCAUCUAAUGCCGGAGAGCCCAGGGUCCUUCCCCCGUUUUAAGGGGGGAGUGGCAUUUGGAAGGGGAUGGAUGGGCUGGUCAAUUCUUCUUUCCCCACCCAUGCUAUACCUUUCAGCACCUGGGGGAUGGGGCUGGAGGAGAUGGAGGAGAUGAGCCACCUUUGACCCCAGAUCCUGGACAGAGAAGAUGGGGGAUUCUACUUUGUGCCUCCUGACUAUAUCUGGCUAGGAGAUUUGCCUUAAAUGCUCCCUGUCCCAUGGAUAGGGACUGGCACACAAGAAGCCACACACUCAGCCAAUCCAGGCAGAGGCCAAGAGAUUCUCAGAGGGGCAUACACCGGCCACACACCAUUUGGCGGGGGAGGUCGGAGAGGGAUGGGGGGAGCAGAGAUCCCUGCCUUCCACCUGAGCGCAGGAAGAAUGCCAGCCCAGUUGGUACUGGCCGGCCAGUGGUGCCUGGGCUCUGGCCAGAGCAGAGCCACCAGGCUCCACAGCCCUCCCAGACCCUGCACAGCCCUCCCUCCUCACCCUGGGGGACUGGCACAGACAGGAAGUCAUCGAGAGGCCCUGCCACCCAGCUGCUCCCGCUCUGCCAUAGCACUGAUCAGUGAAAACUUACAGGAAUGUAGCGGGGAUGGAAUUACCUGGAACUGUUCUUUUUUGGGGAAAACUAAACACACAAAGUUUUCUGUGUCAGGUAUUGGGCUGGAUGGGGCAGCUGUGUGUUGGGGUGUUUUUUGGUUUUUUUUUUUCCUGUUAUUUUGUUUGGGUUUCGUUUUUGUUUUUUAAUAAUGUUUACAAUCUGCCUCAAUCACUCUGUCUUUUAUAAAGAUUCCACCUCCAGUCCUCUCCCCUCCCCCCACCCAGGCCUUCGAGGCUGAUAGGAGAUGCUUGAAGAACUUAACAAAAUACCAAUCCAAGUCAAACUUUGCACAUAUUUAUAUUUAUAUUCAAAAAAGAAACAUUUCAGUAAUUUAUAAUAAAGAGCACUAUUUUUUAAUGAAAAA